UUUUUGGUCAAUAAGAUUUUGUUAAUAACUCCGGACACCUCUUCUGUUUUCCUGUGCUCAUUCGAGAGUUCCGUCUCCCUACUAUUUGCUUCAAGCACAAAUUCUUUCGCCAUGGCUGCAAUCUCAAAUUUCCUGUCAAAACCUCCAUCUUCUCUUUCAAUCAUUCCUAGAAUCAGUCCUCUUUGCUAUCAGGGCUCUCCUUUUGUACUACCCUUUUCCGCUAAACACAAACUCACAUCAAAAAAACUAGAAACAAACAGAACAAACUUCAUUCUAAAGGCAACAGCUGCCUCUGAUAUCAAGAAGCCCAUCAACGAUGAAAAAGUACAAAAAAUCCACAGCGUAGAGGAAUUCGAUGAAGCUCUUAAAGCGGCAAAGAAUAGGCUUGUUGUUGUAGAAUAUGCUGCUAGCCAUAGCUUAAAUAGCCAGAAAAUCUACCCUUUUAUGGUGGACCUUAGUAGAACCUGCAGCGACGUGGAUUUCCUCCUUGUAAUGGGCGAUGAAUCAGAAAAGACCAGAGAGCUUUGCAAGAGAGAGAAAGUAGAUAAAGUUCCACACUUCAGUUUCUACAAAAGCAUGGAAAAGAUCCAUGAAGAGGAAGCAAUAGGUCCAGAUCAACUCAUGGGAGAUGUGCUGUACUACGGAGACAGUCAUUCGGGAGUCGUGCAGCUGCAUUGUAGAGAAGAUGUAGAGAAAUUGAUUGAUGGUCAUAAGGCUGAUCAUAAGCUGAUUGUUCUUGAUGUAGGGCUGAAACACUGUGGGCCAUGCGUGAAGGUGUAUCCAACGGUGGUUAAGUUGUCAAGGCAGAUGUCUGAUAGUGUUGUGUUUGCAAGAAUGAACGGCGAUGAGAAUGAUAGUUGCAUGCAGUUCUUGAGGGAUAUGGACGUUGUUGAAGUGCCCACUUUCUUGUUUAUCAGAGAGGGUAAGAUAUCUGGAAGGUACGUUGGCUCUGGUAAAGGCGAGCUUAUUGGUGAAAUUCUCAGAUACCAAGGAGUUCGAGUGACCUAUUAAGAUACAAUUCCAAAUUUAGACAUGAUUCUUGAUUCCUAGUUACUUUUACAGUGUGAUGAUUAGUGAUUUUAUCUCGCGUGACAACUAAGAUGGAACUUUUUAGCAAAUAGAUUGAUAUAAUAUGCUCUGGUAAUUCAUGGGCCAAAUUGAAUAACGCCUAGAACCUUCAGUA